CAAACACAACAUACGGCAUCACAGUGCGCCUGUGUUGUUGGGCGGUAGCAAAUCCACUGCCUCGCCCUCAAAACAGCACUUUCAACUAAAUUCAAACUCACAAAUCCGCCUCAUGGAUUUAGAAUGAAUAUUAUUAUUAUCUGACACCACCGAGCAUCCCGAGAGCGGGAUUAGAAGUGAAUUCGAUCGGAGAAGAAGCCGCGGUCAUAUCACUGGUGUGAUACACCGAGGAGUGGACGAAUGUCGUCUGCAGCAGAGACAAUGGAAAAUGCCUCCAUCAUUUCAGACAGUGGUGCCCAUGAUGGAAACCGCUUGUGGAUAGGCAACAUUGAUCCCAAAAUCACUGAGUAUCACUUGGUGAAGCUCCUCGAAAAAUUCGGCCAUGUCAAACAGUUCGACUUCUUGUUCCAUAAAUCCGGGCCUCUGGAAGGCCAACCGCGAGGCUACUGCUUUGUCAACUUCAACACCAGAGAGGAGGCCGAAAGAGCCAUCCAGUGCUUGAAUGGCAAGCUGGCGCUGUCCAAGAAACUGGUUGUGCGAUGGGCCCACGCACAGGUACGGAGGUUUGAAGGGUUCCGUAACGACAAGACGAUGCCUUCCAGCUUGGAGCCGUCAAGCAGCGGCGACGGAGUCGAGGGAGCCUUGACGACGAACCACCUCAGUACGAGCGCUAAGAUCCGCGCUAUCGAGGCCAAGCUGCAGAUGAUGGAGGAGAAUCCCGAUGAGGAGUACUCAGGCCCGUCCGCCUACGUCUACAACAAGCCGCCAGAGAGGAAGCGCUGGGAGCCCUACUCCAAAUCACAUAGCAGGCCCUUUCGAAGGUUUAGGAGAUGACCACUUAUCAAGGAGAACCCCCAUUCCGCUCCUCCUGGCCACCUCCCCCAAACACACACACACACAUCUCAGGAUCCCCUGACCCAGCCCAGCAGGGACUCUUUUUUUUUUUUUAAAGGCUCAGAAUAAUAGACACUGACAUUGUUCACAGCAAUGCUGGGCGAAUAACAUUCAGUCAUUUGGUUAUGUUACAAUUUAUUUGAGUGUGCGUGUGUUGAUGUUUGGGAUAUGCAGGAUCGACUGCGUCAUUCUGAAGAAAAACAAAGCCUUUUAAAAACCAAUUGUGUAAGUAAGCAAGACUUGCAAAAAUGUUGAGCCGUUUUGUGCACAACAUUGUUGUGUGGAUUUAUUAAUUUAAUUAUUUGUAGUCGUGCUGGUUGUCUUGUUUGUUUCUUUUUUUUUAGGGGGUGGGGGGGAUUCACGAACUGUGGGUCUGACACCUACCUCGAGAUUAUUAUACUUGCCAUGCAAUUCUCAGAGCAAUUUAAACCUCAGAGCCGAAAAAAAAAUAAACCACAAAUGCUCAUAGUGUCUAAUAAUAAACAUUUGUUUGGUUGUAGCAUUA